AUGACAGAAGCUGCACCUAGUAAACCCGAGCUUGACAAGUCUUCCCUCGCGGAAACAGAGACAAGUACAGAGAAAGACACUGAAAAAAAAACAGAUAAUAGUGUAGAUGAAGACAAUGAUGAGAAGGAUAAUGCAGUUGUGGAAGAACUGGUAACCACGCACAAAGCCUCAGUGAUUUAUGGCACUCUAUGCUGUCUUCUGCUGUUUCUUCUGAUCGGUGGCAUAACGUACGCUGUCCUUUAUAUGCCCAAAUCAAAUGACCUUCCUUCUACAUCACCAGGAGCAGGAGCACUAGAAGAAAUUUCUACAGACGAUGACACUAACGAGAUUGUCUUCCAGCCAAGCAUCAAGAUUGAUGUUCCGGCUGUCAGUGAUGAAGAAACGACUGUCAUUGAUGAAGAAAGCUCCGGCGGAAGCAGUGGUUUUUCUUUGGUAAACUCACGUGCUAGCCUCUCCAACUUUAACUGGGGAGCAAACACUUUCUUGACAAAGGAUCAACGAUUAUAUCAAGACAACAGAAUCGCGAAAAGGCCAGGCAACAAGGCAUACUAUCUCCAACAACAGUCUGAUGGUAACCUUGUUCUCUUCGAUCAAGAUAACCGUAUUUACUGGAGCAGUGGUAUUGUUCACCGUCCCUCGAACAAGAGGUACUGGUCAGUCUUGCAAGGUGACGGCAACUUGGUGACAUAUUCGAAAAUCGGCGACAACAGGCCCAGGGUAGAAUGGGCUAGCAAUACCCCAUCUGGAAAUGACAAUUACUUUCUUGUGCUGUCACAAAACCGCGACGGACUGAUGAUUGCCCGACGCAAUGGUGGUCAAAUCAUUUGGUCCUCAAGAUCAGGUGGUGGUGCUGCGCCCUCUGGAGGAGGGGGCGGAGGAGUAGAUGUUCCUGCCGCUUCUACCAGUGGUGGCCGGAUUACCUAUGUUCCAGGAAAGUUGUCUCGCAGAGAAAAUGGCUUGCGAUUGAGCGAAGGCCUCCGAAGUCGUAUUGUGGCUCGAACCGGAGAAAGGGUCCUUUUGGAUGGCCGAAACAAUGCCAGAUCUGGUGAACGGUUCCACGAUGAACCCGAUGGAGCAGGCGUCUUUGAGGAUCCCGAAACUGGUGGCUGGGUUUACGUCAGCAAUAGUGAGGUAAAGGAACCAAGAGGUCAAGGUGGAGUGGGUGGUAUCUUUUUUGACAAACAUGCUCGUACCACGGAUUAUCGCAUGUUGCAGCGAGGAACCACCGCGAAUUGCAGCGGUGGUAAGACUCCUUGGAAUACAUGGGUCAGUUGUGAAGAGACAGAAAAUGGCCGUGUCAUGCAAAUUGAUCCAUUCGGACGACGGGGAAUGCAGUACAUGACUAUGGACCGUGGCUAUUUUGAAGCCUUUGCCUCUGACAUUCGAGACCGAAACAACCCUCGAUUCUUUGUCACUGAAGACAAGGAGCGAGGCCCCCUGCGCAGAUUUACUCCCCACUUUAAGAAUUGGAACGAUCCUUGGCAGCUUCUUCACUCUGCGGGAACCAUUCAUUAUUUGGUGCUUGAACCUCGUGGUGGUGGCAGAGGGACCUUUCGUUGGACUACUGACAAGAAUUAUGCCAAGACCAAUGCUCAAAUGUAUUAUCCGUUUUCGGAGGGCAUCGAUGUCUAUCGGAAUCAACUAUUCUUUACUAUAAAGGAACGAAAGCAACUCUUCAUUUUGGAUUUGGACAAACAUACCUUUGAAAGGCAAUCCACACGGUCGGGAGUCUUUGAUGGUAUGCCCGAUCAAGUCCAGAGAAUCGUUGACGAUGGCCUGUUGUACUUUUGUGAAGAAGGCGGAGUUGAGAAUGGAGUUCAUGCUCGUGAUACCAAUGGGUGGUUCUUCACUGUCCUGGAGAGCGACACGUUCAAUGAUGAAAGUACAGGUUUGGCAUUUUCACCAAACGGAAAACGAAUGUAUGUAUCAUUCCAAAGUUCAGGAACGAUUUAUGAUAUCUGGAGGGAGGAUGGACUUCCUUUCCAUGGCCAGACAUUGAAUGUCAGGUACCAUUGA